UUUGGUAAUCUUCCAAACCUAGAGACAUUGGUACUGCAAGAGAAUCUUUUGAAUGGCACAAUACCAUCAACAAUCUUCAACCUUACAAAACUAAGAAUUAUGUCACUAUUUCGAAACCAACUUUCUGGAACUCUCCCACCAAAUCUUGGCACUAACCUUCCAAAUCUUGCCAUGCUCUUUCUUGGUGAAAACAAACUCACAGGAUCCAUUCCUCAAUCCAUCUCCAAUGCUUCCAUGCUCUCAAGAUUUGAUCUUUCACAAAACCUCUUUUCUGGACCCAUUUCCCCUGCUCUUGGCAACUGUCCAAACCUCCAAUGGCUCAAUUUGAUGAACAACAACUUUUCCACCGAAGAAUCUUCUUCUAAAACAAGCAUCUUCAAUUUUCUAGCCAAUUUAACCACAUUGGUAAGGCUAGAGUUGUCAUAUAACCCUCUAAACAUCUUCUUCCCAAAUUCCAUUGCCAACUUCUCUGCUUCUGUACAAUAUCUUUCAAUGGCAGAUAUAGGAAUCAUGGGUCAUAUUCCUGAAGAUAUUGGCAACUUAAGAACACUGACAGUUCUUAUAUUAGAUGACAAUGGAAUUAAUGGAACUAUUCCACCUUCAAUAGGGAAACUAAAACAACUUCAGGGUUUAUAUCUUCGUAACAAUUACUUAGAAGGAAACAUUCCCAUUGAGUUAUGUCAGCUAGAUAAUUUGUUUGAGUUGUUUUUGGAUAAUAAUAGCCUUUCUGGAGCAUUACCUGCUUGCUUUGAGAAUCUCUCAUAUUUAAAAACUUUAUCUUUAGGCUUUAAUAACUUCAAUUCUACAGUGCCUUCUUCUUUGUUCAAACUUUCUAAUAUCUUGAGCUUGAACCUUUCAUCAAAUCUUCUUACUGGAUCUCUCCCAAUUGAUAUUGGGAAUGUAAAGCUUAUGUUAGAUUUGGAUGUCUCAAAGAAUCAACUUUCUGGUCAAAUCCCAAGUAGCAUUGGAGACCUUACAAAUUUGAUUGGUCUCUCAUUAUCAGGUAAUGAGCUCGAAGGAUCUAUUCCUAAUUCAUUUGGGAACUUGGUUAGUUUGAAAGUUUUGGACUUGUCCAACAAUAAGUUAACAGGUGUAAUUCCAAAGUCUUUGGAGAAGCUCUCUCUUCUUGAGCAUUUUAAUGUUUCAUUUAAUCAAUUAGUAGGAGAAAUUCCAGAUGGGGGUCCUUUUUCUAACCUCUCAGCUCAGUCAUUCAUGUCAAAUCCUGGACUUUGUGCUGAUUCUUCUAAAUUUCAAGUUCAACCUUGCACAAGAAACUCAUCUCAAGGCUCAAAGAAGAAAUCAAAUAAACUGGUAAUAAUCCUUGUACCUACCUUGUUAGGCACAUUCUUAAUUGUACUUGUACUACUUUUCUUGACAUUCAGAGGGAAGAGGAAGAAAGAACAAGCACUGAAGGAUGUCCCAUUACCUCAUCAACCCACUUUGAAAAGAAUCACAUACCAAGAACUUUCGCAAGCAACAGAAGGAUUUAGUGAAAAGAACUUAAUAGGUCGAGGGAACUUCGGUUCAGUUUACAAGGCAACACUCUCAGAUGGAACAAUUGCUGCUGUGAAGGUAUUCAAUUUGCUGAGUGAAAAUGCACAUAAGAGCUUUGAAAUAGAGUGUGAGAUAUUGUGCAAUGUUCGUCAUAGAAACCUUGUAAAAGUUAUAACAAACUGCAGCAAUAUGGAUUUCAAAGCAUUGGUAUUAGAAUUCAUGCCAAAGGGUAGUCUUGAGAUGUGGUUAAAUCAUUACGAGUAUCAUUGCAACUUGAAUACAGUUGAGAGAUUGAAUGUAAUGAUAGAUGUUGCUUUAGCUCUUGAGUAUCUUCAUUACGGAUUUGGAGAACCUAUAGUUCAUUGUGAUCUGAAGCCUAGCAAUAUACUGCUGGAUGAAGAUAUGGUUGCACACUUGACAGAUUUUGGGAUUUCAAAACUCUUGGGUGGAGGAGACUCUAUAACCCAGACUAUGACCCUUGCAACUGUGGGAUACAUGGCCCCAGAGUUGGGAUUGGAUGGGAUUGUCUCAAGAAGAGGUGAUAUCUAUAGCUAUGGUAUUUUGCUUAUGGAAACAUUCACAAGAAAGAAGCCUACAGACCUAACGUUUUGUGGGGGAGAACUGAGCUUAAGGGAAUGGGUGGCCAAAUCAUAUCCCCACUCAAUAACUGAUGUUUUUGAAGAUUCUGCUUUGCUUACAAAGAAUGAUGAAACUUCGAACCAUAGGGCUGAAAUUGAAUGUCUGACAUCUAUUAUAUCAUUGGCCUUGUCUUGCACAGUGGAAUCCCCAGAGAAGAGACCAACUGCCAAACAUGUUCUUGACUCACUCAACAACAUCAAGACAACUUUUAUGAAAUAUGAAAGAUCCUAGGAUUGGAUAUUAAUCCCAAUUUUCAAUAAUGUUGAAUGUAUGGGAACAAGGAAUAGUUUGGAUUUGGAUUGCUUUUGUUUAGAAAGUGCUUUAGUGAGAUGUUUGAAUUGAGGUCUAUUUAUUUGAUUUUAAAA